CCAUGGCGCCCCAGUACCGAGUCUUGAUAGUCAGAAUCUCGAACCAGGCUCCCCUUCCAGUCCCUUUUUAGACCUCGCGGGCGCCAUUGGCCACACUACACUCCCAGCAGGAAAAUAUCUUGCCUCUCACCACUCCCUACCCCAGGAUUCUCAAAAGUCAUCUCCUCAGGCAUUUAUCAACCCGUAUAUCAUUCUCACAAUAGGCUAUCAAAAGAUG